CGAUCUCUUGACGCUAUAAGCCAUAGCUGAACAGGGCUCACAUACAAAGAAAAUUAAGUAGCAAUUGCUUUUUUGGCUUUGCUAGUUUUAUCAUUAUUACAGGUUUUGGAGUCUGCUCAGGAAAGAGAACUGUGCAGGAAUCCUUCGGCAGAGGUCCAUGAAUAGUCAGAGAACAGCUUCUUAGAAGUGGACCUUGCUGGAUCAAAGGAUGGGGAUAGUCUGGGAGGAGUUUAAACACAAUGAUAAAAAGAAGGACCCUUGUAUUGGGACAGAUAAAAUAGGAGUGCAAGCACUAGACCUGAGGUCUUGAAUAAAAGAGGACAGAGCUCUGAAAGCCUGAAGUUCACACAGCGCAGGUGAGGGCACGCAGAUACUGUGCACCGGCAGCACACGACUGUGCCCCUCCCUGCGUGCAGACCCUUGACUGCUGUGAGGGGCAGUAUCACAGUACCCACUAGUCACAGAUCCGUAGGGGUGGAAGGAAUCUGGUGGAAGAGAAAGACGGAAACAGAACAAUGAUUUAACUCCUUCCCCGUUGCCCAUCCUCUGUGAUGGCUGCGCCUUGCUGUGGGUGCAGUGGGACGUGUCCCUCCCAUGUUUCCCUUAAUUAGGAGCAGGCCAACUUCUGCCAUCGCCUCACACCGCUGGGGUUUAGUCAUCAGACCCACAUGAGUCACUCCGAACACACGCCCCCUCCCGUUCCAGCUACAACUGGCCAGUGUGUUCUCAGUUGUUGCCCCUUUAAAACUAGAAUCCGAGGGGGUAAUGAUUUAUCAAAGUUGCAUUGCUAAGAAAUGUCAGGUGAAGGGCACCUUGCCUUCCACUGACGCAAAGCCGGCCUUUCCCAAGGAGGUAUAGAAAGCGGCUCUCCCGCUGGAGCCGAACCCACACUCAGGAAAAGCUGCUUCCAGUCUCAACUCCCACAGUCAGUUUCCUGAAUCGGAUAUGGACUGCAGCCCUCCCAAGGAAAUGAACCGCCCGCCCGCCUGCAGCAUGGAAGCGGCCGGGGGACCCGGCGCCCAGGCGGGCCCGUGCGCUCCGAGGACAACAAGCCCGGAGCUGGAGCUGCCCGCCGCCGCGCCGCCUCCGCCAGGGCCCGGCUCGGCCUCCUCGGGCACCCACACCUUCCUGGCUGCCGAGGCCAAGCGGCUCGCGGCGGGGGCGGGCGGGGGCGGGGGCUUGCAACCUCUGCGGGACUGGAGCGAAGCCCCCGCUGCGCAGGGCGCUGCUCCUGCGGGGGGCGCGGGCUCCGGCAACGCGCCGCACUGCAAGAUCCCGGCUCUGCGCUGCCCCGAGGGCGACGCGAACGUGAGUGUGGGCAAGGGCAGCCUGGAGCGGAACAGUGCCCGGGCUGUGGGCUGGGUGAACAUGAGCCAGAGUACCGUGGUGCUCGGCACGGAUGGAAUCACGUCGGUGCUCCCGGGCAGCGUGGCCUCCUCUACGGCCCAGGAGGACGAGCAAGGGGAUGAGAAUAAGGCCCGAGGGAACUGGUCCAGCAAACUGGACUUCAUCCUGUCCAUGGUGGGGUACGCAGUGGGGCUGGGCAAUGUCUGGAGGUUUCCCUACCUGGCCUUCCAAAACGGGGGAGGUGCCUUCCUCAUUCCCUACCUGAUGAUGCUGGCUCUGGCUGGGUUGCCCAUCUUCUUCCUAGAAGUUUCACUGGGCCAGUUUGCCAGCCAGGGGCCAGUGUCUGUGUGGAAAGCCAUCCCAGCCCUGCAAGGCUGUGGCAUCGCGAUGCUGAUCAUCUCUGUCCUAAUAGCCAUAUACUACAAUGUGAUCAUUUGCUACACACUUUUCUACCUGUUUGCCUCCUUUGUGUCUGUGCUGCCCUGGGGCUCCUGCAACAACCCCUGGAACACACCAGAAUGCAAAGACAAAACCAAACUGUUGCUAGAUUCUUGUGUUAUCACUGAGCACCCCAAGAUACAGAUCAAGAACUCGACUUUCUGUGUGGCCGCCUACCCUAACCUGACCGCGGUCAACUUCACCAGCCAGGCCAAUAAGACAUUUGUCAGUGGGAGUGAAGAAUACUUCAAGUACUUCGUGCUGAAGAUCUCCGCGGGAAUUGAAUACCCGGGGGAAAUCAGGUGGCCACUCGCGUUCUGUCUUUUCUUGGCGUGGGUCAUUGUGUACGCAUCCCUGGCCAAAGGAAUCAAGUCUUCCGGAAAAGUGGUGUACUUCACGGCCACGUUCCCCUACGUCGUGCUUGUGAUCCUCCUGAUCCGAGGAGUCACCCUGCCAGGAGCUGGAGCCGGGAUCUGGUACUUCAUCACACCCAAGUGGGAGAAGCUCACAGAUGCCACGGUGUGGAAGGAUGCUGCUACUCAGAUUUUCUUCUCUCUGUCCGCUGCCUGGGGAGGUCUGAUCACCCUCUCCUCUUACAACAAAUUCCACAACAACUGUUACAGGGACACUUUAAUCGUAACCUGCACCAACAGUGCCACGAGCAUCUUUGCUGGCUUUGUCAUCUUCUCGGUCAUCGGCUUCAUGGCUAAUGAGCGCAAGGUCAACAUCGAGAACGUGGCUGACCAAGGCCCAGGCAUUGCAUUUGUGGUUUACCCGGAAGCCUUGACCAGGCUGCCCCUCUCUCCAUUCUGGGCCAUAAUCUUCUUCCUGAUGCUCCUCACACUCGGACUCGACACCAUGUUUGCCACCAUCGAGACCAUAGUGACCUCCAUCUCGGAUGAGUUCCCCAAGUACCUGCGCACACACAAGCCCGUCUUCACCCUAGGCUGCUGCAUUUGUUUCUUCAUCAUGGGCUUUCCGAUGAUCACUCAGGGCGGGAUCUACAUGUUUCAGCUUGUGGACACCUAUGCUGCCUCCUACGCGCUCGUCAUCAUCGCCAUUUUUGAGCUGGUGGGGAUCUCCUAUGUGUACGGCUUGCAGAGAUUCUGUGAAGACAUCGAGAUGAUGAUCGGGUUCCAGCCAAAUGUUUUCUGGAAAGUCUGCUGGGCAUUUGUCACCCCGACAAUUCUAACGUUCAUCCUCUGCUUCAGCUUCUACCAGUGGGAGCCCAUGACUUACGGCUCGUACCGCUACCCCAACUGGUCCAUGGUGCUCGGAUGGCUAAUGCUCGCCUGCUCUGUUAUCUGGAUCCCAGUUAUGUUUGUGAUCAAAAUGUACCUGGCGCCUGGCAGAUUUAUCGAGAGGCUGAAGUUGGUGUGCUCACCACAACCGGACUGGGGCCCGUUCUUAGCUCAGCACCGUGGAGAACGUUAUAAGAACAUGAUCGACCCCUUGGGAACCUCUUCCCUGGGACUCAAACUGCCAGUGAAGGAUUUGGAACUGGGCGCCCAGUGUUAAUUCAGUGGCGAGGCGUGACCCUUGAUUCUGCGUUUCCUCUCUGCCUCCCCCAAAGGUUUUCCCCAGCUUCCCCCUCCCGCCCCCCCCCCCCCCGAUUCUUCUUCUUUCUCCCUCCAUCUUGGUCCAUAUCCAUGCAUGAGAGUGGUUUUGAAUACAAGUAGGAUAUAAUGUCGCAUGCUGUAAUGAAGAGCUGGACAGACCACCUCAAGCACUCUCUGCCUGUGCCCAUGGUGCCAGGCUCCAGGGUAAGGUUGGUGCCCUGAGCACACACUUACCUCGCAGGAGUGGGCCCAGUAGGCGAGCGCUUUCCAGUGGAGUUGCAAGUAGGGACGUGUGAUUUGGUCAGCAGAUAAGUAUGUGUGUGAGCACUCGGAGCCAGAGAGGCAGAUGCAAAUGGCACCGCCCACAAGGCUGCCCGUCCUCGUGCAGCCUUGCUGUAGAGCUGAGCAGAGCCAGGCAGCGACUCUGGAGGGUCGGCAGUGCUCAGACACAUUUUCCAUUAGGGCAGGGCCGGCAGGUGUGGACACCACCGAGAUGGCAAAGUCCACAUUUCCCUGCCCGGCUGGGAAUUUGAUCCUUCACUUGGACGUGCUGAGGAUGUGGGGGCUUCGCUCUGCUCAGUGAAGAGUCAGCUGGUUCUCUGCCCUCUCAUCUUUCUUUCCUCUGUGUGUUUAUUUUUGUCUGGGAUAACAUUUUCAUGAAUUGUUGUGGUUAUUUCCUCCACCUCUGCAUGAGAAGCCAUUGUGUAAUUUGUACCUAAUUGUGCAGCCUCGCCGCAGAGCCCCGCUCUCGUUUAUCACCUUGGCGAGGUCGUGACCUUGUGUUGUGUGCUGCUUCUCUUCUGCCUUUCAGUAAGCUGUUGAUACCUUGUCUCCCAGCCUCUGGAAAAUGAGAUGUAUCCUGCUUCUGUCUAUAUGUUGUAUGUACAAGACACAAAUAUUCAAGACAGAAACUUUUCAAUUUUUACUCUUAACUUUGUCAUUCACAGUAAAUGCCCAUGGUAACCACCGAGAAACAGUUUAGUGGACAGCAGUCAUGAAUUUCACUGCUCUGGUCCUGUAUUUUAGGUCAUUGUAUUUACAGAAACUUCUGAUAAAUACGGCUCAGGUAAGUAGCAAGUGAGCCGAUUAAGACUAUAGCUUUUAAAACUCCAUUUAGCCAAUUCAGUUUUAAGAG